UAACCUUCAGGCUACCUACUGUCUAGAGAUGAAAAAAAAACUUGGACAGGUUAAAACCGGCUCCGUUGUGUAAUGAUCGCGGAAUGUUGCUAUUUAUCAACCUUAACACGAAAUCCACACUUUUUUCCCCAUAACGAAAUAAAACAUUUUACUUCUCUCACCUUCAGUGCUUUGAUUUUUAAAAGCCUGGGACAUCUAGAAAAUAUUAGAAUCCAUCACUGGUACACUGUUCACAACAAGCACUACUGUGUUUAAUAAGCUGUUUGAAGUUCAUUUCCUCAUUUCUGCUGCUAGACUGACUUUAUGUCAUUCAAGCAGAACUGGUUCAACGGCUGUAUUCACAUUAACAUUUACGCAAAGGAGGAGUGCUCAGAGAAGAAGUUUAAGCUCAUGACUGACUUACUCCAGUGAUUUCAGGAGACAAAAGAUACAGCAUUACUUUGUUUUCCUGCAGAGAGAUGAUGCCGUACUGCAGCCAAACCUCGAGGUGUUUUUCUUUCCUUUUUCUGAUGCUGAACAUCUUCAGCAUCUUUUCACAAAGUAAGGGAUCCAAAUUUACUACUAUUCUUUAAAGGAUUGCUGUUUAAAGGGGAGUUUGAGAGUGUAAUUUAAUAAGGUUGUUGCGGUUUUGAACAGUACCUUUCUUAAUACUUUUUUCCUCAUUUUCUUUUCUUGCUUUUAGCUCCAGUCCCCCAUGAAACUGUCUAUGCUGUGGGCUGCUUCGAGGACAGCACAACAGAAGUUAAAUAUGAGAUUGAUAAUGAGGAGGUUUUAUACAUAGAUUUUAAAAAACAUGAGAUCAUAUACACAGUACCACCUUUCAUUCUGGCUAACCCAAGUGAAAUAGUCAGUGGUAUUUCUGUUUACAAGAAUGCAUUAAGAGCCAGGAUUGCAUGCCCUUUGCUUCUUGCUAUAGUCAAAGCCGAGGAGAAACAUGUGGAGGAGGAAAAAGGUCAGUAAUCUUCUUAUUAAUAAUUGAUCAAUAUUUUUCCACUGAUGUAGAAAUUCAAUUAAGCUUGUAAGUUGACCUUUAACCCUUAUGUAGACCCCCCUGAGAGCGCCCUCUACCCUGCAGAAGAAGUUCAGCCCGGGGUCGAAAACAGCCUCAUCUGCUUUGUGAACCACUUCUACCCACCCAGGAUCAGAGUCACGUGGACCAAAAAUGGCAACCCAGUGACAGAGGGGGUGUCACUCAGUCGAUAUUAUCCCAACAAAGAUCAAACCUUUCACCAGCUCGCCACCCUGAAAUUUACACCAAAUAACAGGGAUAUUUACACCUGCACUGUGGAGCACAUAGCCCUGGCCUCGCCUCAGACAAGCAUCUGGGGUGAGUGUUUAAUAUUCUUUCACUUUUACAUUUGUCCAAUAAAAUGUAUUUUUGUUUAUUUACAUCAACAAAUUUGCUUAAUUAUUUCCCCUCAGAAGUAGAUGUCAGUCAUCCCAGUGUUGGAGCAGAUGUUUUCUGUGGAGUUGGAGUGAUUCUUGGUCUGUUUGGAGUCGCAGGAGGAACAUUUUUAAUGGCUAAAGGACUCACUGAACGGCAAUAAAAAACUUUUGUUUUAUACAGAUUUUUUGAUUCAGAUAAAAACAGCAGCAAAUAUUAUCUGUAAUGAUAUAGUUUGAGAAUAUUAGGCAUGCAGUAUAUUCGGUAACCCUUUCUUUACAGUACACUUAUUACCAGGUUAUUAACAGGUAGUAACAACAUGAAAUUAUCUGGUAAUUACACGAUAACUACUAAGUCAAUACUGUCUAGCUACCAGGUAGGUAACCUUUCAUCAUCAUACAAAUUUGAAGCCGAAUUGCUCUACUGCUCUAUAGUAUUUCCAGGAUUUUCUCCGCUUCCUGGAACCACCACUUGCGCAGUAGCAUUGUACGCAUUCGGUGGGUGAGUCGCUGUGAUAAUGCUCGGCUCAAACAGCAUAUCGCUACGCAAUCUUCACACACCCAUAGGCUGUAUCAAGUGUCAAUCAUAGAAAAUAAGAACCCCAGAUAGCUUUUGAAAAUGGAGCUGCACAGAAAAAAAGAAAAACUAGACAGUAUUGACUUAGUAGUUAUCAUGUAAUUACCAGAUAAUGUUAUGUUGUUACUAGGUAAUUACGUGUUAAUUACCUGGUAAUAAGUGUGCUGUAAAAGAAAGGGUUACCGUAUUCUACUGUACAUCUGUGACUUAUUCAAGACCCAAGAGUUUUAAGUGUUACAGUUUGGAGAAAAACAUAAACAAACAUAUCAACAAUUAUUUAUAUUAUUGUAUGAAGGCUGUUACACUUAAUGUUAGCUCACACAGAACUGUGAUUCCAUAGACAGUACUAAUACAUUUGUUUUAUCAUGUAAAAUAUGUGCACAGGUUAUUAAAGUCUAAAAAAAGUUUAUUUGAUUAUACUUGACCUUAAAACACAGAACAUCAGCUUAUAUUAAACUUCUAAAUGAGCUCUUCUGAUAAAAGAUAUUUUGGAUAACUUUUUAGAAAUCAACCACCGUAAUCAACAUAAUAAAACACAGCCUAGAUCAGUUUAACUUACUAAGAUUUUGGCUUCAUGCUUUGACUAUGUCGGGUAUGAUAAGUAACAAAUGAUGGUAAAUGGCAAGCCUAAAUAAAAUUAAGAAUAUAGGACAUUCAUUAGUCUCUAUUUGAAAAACUAUAUAUAUUUACAUGCUGCUGUUGUGUUCAAAUUAUAAGUAAUAUUACAUUGUUUUUUAGCUUGUGAAUUUAUUAAGUUCUUUUAAGCAAAACUUUCAUGUUUCAGAUAAAAAAUAGCUCACUGUUGAAAAGACUGAAAUGUUACCAAAGUGGAGUACUAACAAUCAAUUUAUGGUGACUCUGAAAGGACAGGAUGUUGACCUAGGCACUUUCAAUGCAUUUGAAUGUAAAUAUCAAAGUGAAAGGAAGUUUUUCUUAUCUAUUAAUGAUCACUCCUUCCAACACUAUCAGGUGACUUGUGGGAUACCACAAGGAUCAAUUUUAAGACCGUUACCUUUUAAUUUGGAUAUGGUACCCCUUGGCAGUGUCAUUAGGAGACACGGCAUCUCUUUCCACAGUUCUGCUGAUGACAUUCAGCUUUACAUGGCCGUGACUCCUGAUGACACUGGGUCAAUAGAUGUUUGUUUUGUUUUAUAUUUUCAAUCACUGUGAAGCACUUUAAUUGCAUCUGACUUGUAUGAAAAGGGCAAUAUAAAUAAAGAUUUAUUGAUUGAUUGAAUAAGAGAAUUUGAUACUUUCUGAUGCAGGGAAAAUGACCAUUAUUCAGCUUCAACUUAGUAUAAAUAGUUAACUAAGACUUGCUUCUGACGAGACCAAAGAACAAAAGAUGAUUUAGGAUUUUAGGGUGGCCACUGAGGAGGGUUUGUCAGAUUUUGGAUCUGCCCCUGCUUAUAUCAUAAUCAACAUUUUAGACUGUGCCAUGACAGUCUGAAAGUAGUUUUCUUUUAAUCUUCAUGUUGCAUAAAUCCAAUCGUAAGAUUUAAGAUUGGAUCUAAAUGUUGUUCUGUGGUGGGUUGACGCUUGCCUCACUGUCUAAGUGAAUAUCCCAUCUGUGGAGAUUAUGAUCCUCAUACUGAUGGCCCAGGCUUGACACCAAUAUGCAGCCUAUCUGUCAUGGUUAAUGUUUCAAAGAAAGAUCUUAAGACAACUGUUUUAAAGUACAUUUAUACACAGAACAUACUGUAAAAUGACGCAUAAAAAGGGUUUCGGCCCCUGCCGUUAAACUGAACACCUGCGCUGUUUCUGAAACAGACCAUAAGGAGGAUGUAUCUGUCUGAGUUCUUUGGAAAGCCCAAAUUUUUAUUUUUAUUUAAUUUCAUCAACAAUAUUUACCCGCGGUGAAACAGGCUGGAUACAUUUUUUGUUUAGGUUUGAUUUUUAACUUGAGUUUAGGAGUUUAGGAGUGUUAGGGCAGAAUUUUUACCAGGCCUUUAUUGAAAAAGGGACUUAAUGCAUCUAAGCCAACAUUUUUUCCUUUUUUAUCAUUUAAAUUGUUGGAAAUGAUUUAAAGCCCUGCACCUCUAGGUCUCUAAAAACUGUUUAUUGCCAGAACAAGAGCACCUCCAACACAAACUGGCAGAACAGGUGUAGCUACAGUGAUGUUAUCAUCAUUUACAUAAAAGGGAGCGUUCGAGGAAGUUCUCAUUUCUGGGAAAUCACUUUGCUGCAGGUUUCUGCAUAAACGCGAAAGACUAAUUGCAGGCCAAUUUCAUUGCUGGCUUUGAUUAAGAUUAGCAAAACAAGUAAAUUUUGAAGAAAGACAGAGAGACAAUAUUUUUCCAAGCAGAGGGAUAACACAUACUGCAGGUGAACCAUGGAGACCUUUUCCCUUCUUAUUCUGAUGCUAAACAUCUUCUGCACCUUCUCUCAAAAAAGUAAGAGUUUUUAAUUUAUCACUUUGCUCUUGUACUUGGAGUUUUCUUGGUUUCUGUAGGAUAUCUCAUUUGUUUAUCAGAUUCUGUAGUUAUGUCUCUUCAUAAUUUAACAUUAAUAUGUGUCAAAGUUGUUUCUGUUUCAAUAGUCUGACUUGUCUGUUUUCAGUCCCCCAUGAGAUGACCUAUGUUGUGAGCUGCUCCGAGGAUGGUGAAGUACAUAUUCAGCUUGCGUUUGAUACUGAUGGGAUUAUGUACAUUGAUUUUGAAAAACAAAGUCUUGUGUUCACCCUGCCACCUUUCGUUCCGGUGGACCCAUAUGAAGUAGAGUAUACCUCGCAUCUUUACAAAAAUGCUCUGAAGGCAAAAAGAAUAUGCGUUGUAGGUUUUGCCCUUCUCAAAGCUGAGAAGAUAGAUCCACCAGAAGAAAAGGGUGAGUUAACAUCAAUUUUAGAGAAAAUCAUAUUUUCUUCACCCAUACAGUGCUGAUUAAGUCUUUACUUUUGACCCUGUGUAGAACCCCCUGAGAGCGCCCUCUACCCUGCAGAAGAAGUUCAGCCCGGUGUCGAAAACAGCCUCAUCUGCUUUGUGAACCACUUCUACCCACCCAGGAUCAGAGUCACCUGGACCAAAAAUGGAGACCCGGUGACAGAGGGGGUGUCACUCAGUCAAUAUUAUCCCAACAAAGAUCAAACCUUUCACCAGCUCUCCACCCUGAAAUUUACACCAAAUAACGGGGAUAUUUACACCUGCACUGUGGAGCACAUAGCUCUGGCCUCGCCUCAGACAAGGAUCUGGGGUGAGUGUUCAAUAUUUGUAAAGUAAAUAAAUAAAAAUAGAUAUUUUAUUAUUUAUUUUGAUGAUGAUAUUAAUAAAUUUGCUUUCCAAUUUCCCAACAGAAGCAGAAAUCAGUGAUCCCAGUGUUGGAGCAGAUGUUUUCUGUGGAGUUGGUUUAAUUCUUGGUCUGUUUGGAGUCGCAGGAGGAACAUUUUUAGCAGUUAAAGGACACGCUGAAUGGCAAUAAAUGCAGCAUUGGAGAAUUUUUAAUUGUUUAUCAAACGGACUGAAGUAGUUGGUGAUUUUUUUUACUACCCUUAAAAGUAAACAAGACCAACCUUGUUUGAUGAAUUAACUAUGCAUGGAAUAUUUUUAUGCCUUUAACCACUGCCAUAGAGUUUAUUUUCCACAGCCAGUAUACACUCACCGGCCACUUUAUUAGGUACACCAUGCUAGUAACGGGUUGGACCCCCUUUUGCCUUCAGAACUGCCUCAAUUCUUCGUGGCAUAGAUUCAACAAGGUGCUGGAAGCAUUCCUCAGAGAGCUUGGUCCAUAUUGACAUGAUGGCAUCACACAGUUGCCGCAGAUUUGUCGGCUGCACAUCCAUAAUGCGAAUCUCCCGUUCCACCACAUCCCAAAGAUGCUCUAUUGGAUUGAGAUCUGGUGACUGUGGAGGCCAUUUGAGUACAGUGAACUCAUUGUCAUGUUCAAGAAACCAGUCUGAGAUGAUUCCAGCUUUAUGACAUGGCGCAUUAUCCUGCUGAAAGUAGCCAUCAGAAGUUGGGUACAUUGUGGUCAUAAAGGGAUGGACAUGGUCAGCAACAAUACUCAGGUAGGCUGUGGCGUUGCAACGAUGCUCAAUUGGUACCAAGGGGCCCAAAGAGUGCCAAGAAAAUAUUCCCCACACCAUGACACCACCACCACCACCAGCCUGAACCAUUGAUACAAGGCAGGAUGGAUCCAUGCUUUCAUGUUGUUGACGCCAAAUUUUGACCCUACCAUCCGAAUGUCGCAGCAGAAAUCGAGACUCAUCAGACCAGGCAACGUUUUUCCAAUCUUCUAUUGUCCAAUUUCGAUGAGCUUAUGCAAAUUGUAGCCUCAGUUUCCUGUUCUUAGCUGAAAGGAGUGGCACCCGGCGUGGUCUUCUGCUGCUGUAGCCCAUCUGCCUCAAAGUUCGACGUACUGUGCGUUCAGAGAUGCUCUUCUGCCUACCUUGGUUGUAACGGGUGGUUAUUUGAGUCACUGUUGCCUUUCUAUCAGCUCGAACCAGUCUGGCCAUUCUCCUCUGACCUCUGGCAUCAACAAGGCAUUUCCGCCCACAGAACUGCCGCUCACUGGAUAUUUUUUCUUUUUCGGACCAUUCUCUGUAAACCCUAGAGAUGGUUGUGCGUGAAAAUCCCAGUAGAUCAGCAGUUUCUGAAAUACUCAGACCAGCCCUUCUGGCACCAACAACCAUGCCACGUUCAAAGUCACUCAAAUCACCUUUCUUCCCCAUACUGAUGCUCGGUUUGAACUGCAGGAGAUUGUCUUGACCAUGUCUACAUGCCUAAAUGCACUAAGUUGCCGCCAUGUGAUUGGCUGAUUAGAAAUUAAGUGUUAACGAGCAGUUGGACAGGUGUACCUAAUAAAGUGGCCGGUGAGUGUAUAAGGUAUAUUAAGUGCAGUCUAUUUUGGGGAGGUGGGGUGAAAGGUUAAAUGCUGUGUAAAAACUAUGUCGCAUUUAGCUACAUGCAGUUCGCCACCCUUCCAGCUCCCCGUAUUGUUGCAUUGUUGGUUGUGAUGCAUGGAUGGACAGCCUCACUCAAUUAACCCCCUCCUCUGAUCAGUUGUUGUCUUAAAUCCACCAUCUACCUUAUGUACGUAACCCACCUGUUACUCAAUGAUAUAUGUAUAUAUUUAUCUCACUCAACGUUCCUCUGCACCUCUCACCAUUGCACUGUUGUCUUAAACAGACUUAGACAACUUUAUUAAUCCCACCAGGGGCAAUUGAUUUGAGCAGCUUACAUACUGUCAUCCUACAGAAACACAAGUACACAGAACAUACAUAGGAUACAAAAUGGAUAAAAACCAAAAUGCUGAGGAGUGCAGUGGAAUCAAAGAUCAAUAAAAUGGGGAAAUACACGGGUUACUAAGAAUACUGGCCAAUAAAAUGGACAUGAUAAAAGGAAUAAAAUCAUAAAGAAUUUAAAAGAUGAAUAGCAGGGAAUAAAAGACUUCAGAAAACGAUUCGUCUUGCAGACAGGUGAGACAUAGCGCUGUGAUGACGACCUGAGGGCAACAGAGAAAAUUCACUGGCCAGCACUUGUCGUGUCCUGGACAUGUGUUGGCCAGUGAAUACAACCAUGUAUAUAUAAAUUACAUGUCUCUGCUUGUACAUAAUUUGUGAUAUUUUAUGUUAAAUUUUUGUACAUAAAGAGCAAAGUCUACCAGUCAGUUUUCUUGUAUGUGUAACAUACUUGUUCAAUAAAGCUGAUUCUGACAUUGAG